GGUUUCUAAACUUAACCCAACUUUUUGACAGACCAAAAACAUUCCAAAAACUGGUAUAAAAGGGUAAUAUGUGGUAAUAUAAUUUAUAAAAAUAGGAAAAAACAUUAUAAAGUAAAUAUAUUUCUAACCCUACAGUAUCUACAGUUUACGUAACAAAUUCCCAGUGUUUAUUCUCUUCGAAAUUUAGAGUAAACAAAUCAUAUACCUAUUUCACAUAACUAUUUGUAAUUUUUCAACUUAAAAACAAAAUGAAACGUAAUUUUAACAACACUAUAUCAUCAGAAGACGAUAUAAUAAUAGAACAUACCCAACAUAUUAAUAAGAAAAUUUGUGAAGAAAAAACUUUAUCUGAACCUGUUGAACUAAUGGAUUGUUCUGAUAAACCAGGGACUUCUGCAGAUGAUACCACAUUUUUCAAGUCAUUACACACCGAAGGACAAGCAACUUUGGUUGAAAGAAAUCCCAAUCCAGCUGGUUAUAACUUGGUUAAUGCCAAUUAUGUUGGCAAGAAAAAUCUAGGUAUCCUCUCUGAACUAGAACAGUGUUUUGAAAAUGCAAUUGAGUUUACACAAGCCAAUGUUCGAAACCGAAUUGAUAUGAUUGGUCAGCAAAUGAAAUAUUUACAGAACAGUUUAUGCGAUGUUAUUCAUAAAGCUAAGCAGGAUAGCGAAUUACAUACUGCUGCAUGUAAUUUUGUGAAAAAACCAGGCAAUAUGUAUCACUUGUAUGAGAGACCUACUGGUCAAAAGUACUUUAGUAUGUUAUCACCAGCAGAGUGGAAUGGUAAUCCUCCGCAUUUGUUUUUGGGAAGUUGGUUUUUAGAAGCUGAUCAGAGCUGGACAUCAUCUGAAGUUAUGCAUUCAAGAUACCCUGGAAUAGCGUUUUUAAAAGAAAUGUACAUGGGAAAAAAGUCUAUACAGUAAAUGUGUGACUACUAAACUUUAACACAAAGAAAACUAAUAUGUAAUAAAAGAGACUUUAUUUUGUUAAUAUUGUAAAUAAACCUAAGAAUUAUUA